CGCUUCAUAUAUUUCUGAGUCAAGCUUUUCAUCUCCUUUAUCAAAGGCAAGAUAAAAACACUUAUAAUGGCAGCAAGAAUAAUCUUGGAUUCUUCACAUCGCCUCAUUCUCGUCAUCUCCAUCUUCUAUAUUUGCAUCUCUGGCUCUACUUCUGCUGCCAUGCGCUAUGGCAAACUCAAGCAAUACAAACCAUGUAAGAGCUUAGUUUUUUACUUCCAUGACAUUAUCUACAACGGCCAAAAUGCAGCAAAUGCGACAUCCGCAAUCGUAGCAGCUCCUCAAGGAGCUAAUAUGACGAUUUUAGCUGGUCAGUUUCACUUUGGAAACAUUGCAGUUUUCGAUGAUCCAAUUACUUUAGACAACGAUCUACAUUCUCCACCAGUCGGCCGAGCACAAGGAUUUUACAUAUAUGACACGAAGAAUACUUACACUGCUUGGUUAGGAUUUUCUUUUGUUUUUAAUUCUACUGAUCAUCAAGGCACUAUAAAUUUCAUCGGAACCGAUCCUUUAAUGAAUAAAACUAGGGAUAUAUCGGUGGUUGGUGGUACAGGGGAUUUCUUUAUGGCUCGUGGGAUUGGCACUAUAAUGACCGAUGCUUUUGAAGGUGAGGUAUAUUUUAGACUAAGGGUGGAAAUUAAUUUGUACGAGUGUUGGUAAGUAAAAGCUAUUCAAGUACGUACAGUUGAUUAGCUGGUGAUGAAGAAGUUGGGAUUAUUGUAAUGAAUGUUUCAUUAAAUUAAGAGCAACCUUAUCUUGGUUAGCAAUCUGAUUGAUCAAGUACCGGAACAAGGUGCUUAUUAUGUAAGAAGUGAAUUU